CUCAAGCAGCUCGUUGGCCCGCUCGUGCUGGACCCGGGUUGGAAAUCGUCGCCUCGGCAUCGGACGUCGGAGUCGCCUUACGGGGAUGCGACCGGGGCAAGAGCUGGGCGCCCGCUCUGGUGGUUAAUAGUGUGAAUGGAGCCGAGGGAGGGAGCGAGCUCGCAGGGAUAUCGGACGAAGACUGAAUCGAGCACUUGGCUCGAUGUGCUUGUAGAGUGGUGGGGCUCUGGCAGAGGGAGGCAGGGAGAGAGGGAGGGAGAGUGGGAGCAGGAUGCCGAGAGGUUGACGUUUGAACUGGGCCGAGGAGGAGGGCAGGGCAGUCUGUUCUGUACAGGCUCCGGAAGGAAGGAAGGAAGGAAGGAAGGAAGAGAUGAAUGAUGCCGGAGGUUGUGGUGGAAGUGUUGUGUGCAUGUACAUUUGUUGGUCGGAGGAUGGAUGGACGACGAGGUGAUCAGGAUGGUGAAUAUUUGGGUUCAUGGGCAAGAGGAAGGUCGAUGAAGGCGGUGCAGUAGUACAGCGGGUGCUUGGGAUUAGACGGAGUGAGGUUUAGUUGCGGUUUUGUGUUCAAGAAAAAAUGGUGACGAUGGAUGUAGAUGGGGCGAAUAAUUCCUUGAGCCCUGCGAAAGAAAUUGACGAUCUCAGAUACUCUCGGUUGAUUUACACUCUGGGACGAGAGGCAGUGCAGGCCAUAUAUCAGAGCAAGGUAUUAAUCCUCGGUUGCAACGGCGUGGGAGCAGAAAUUGCGAAGAACCUGGUGCUGUCUGGUGUGCGAGGUUUGGGCUUGGUCGACGAUGAAGCUGUGUCUAUUGGUGAUUUGUCCGCGCAAUUUCUUCUCACGGAAGCAGACAUUGGUCGGAACCGAGCGGGUGCAUCUGCUGCAAAGCUUAAAGAAAUGAAUCCCACAGCAGAAAUUACACUGAUACCAGUCUUACAGUUGGAAAGCUGCUUGAGUUCUUACCAGGUGUUUGUGGCAACAACAGGUAACAUGCCCUAUUUGAUGGAGAUAAAUCUACUCUGUCGGUCACUUGGAGUUCCUUUCAUUCUGGCUACGUCUCGUGGACUGUUUUCUCAGGUAUUCGCAGAUUUUGGGGACAACUUCUACGUUGUGGAUGAAACUGGAGAGCCUUCAGGGGCCAUCCUUGUGGAGAGCAUCACCCAGGACUUUCCCGCUACGGUCACUGUGGUAGAGGAACAGAGGCAUGGUUUAGAGGAUGGCGAUCAGGUAGUACUAAGGGGAAUUAAAGGUAUGGAAGAGCUCAACCGUGAUGCUUCCUUCACCGUUGCCGGGACUGGAACCAGUUCUUUCACUAUACCCGAAGACACUCGAAAUUUUGGCCGAUACCUAUCAGGCGGAUAUUUUCAUAAAGUCAAGCAAGAAAAAGUCGUGCAGUUUCUCUCAUUGGAAGGAUCCCUGCACUCGCCGAAAUUUGGUUUGAGCGACCCUGCAAAAGUAGCACGGAAUCCCCAUUUACAUGUUGCCUUUCAGGCAAUCAGCGAAUUUGAAAGAAGGAAGAGUGGAGGAGCAUCUAUCGCCACAGGUGCACGCUUGGUCAAAGAGGAGGAUCACGGCGAAAUACUGGAGUAUGCCAGAGAGAUUUGGGAGCAGUUAGGGUUUCAUGAACGAGUCAGGGAAUCCAGUAAUGGAAGCUUUGGAAUGGAAGAAAUUGCGGAAGUAGUUGGAGACGGUAGAGGUAUAAUUGACAGUGUCGACAUUCAUCCUUCAAGCGGAGUCGCCGGGGUUGGGUGCAGUAGCAUUGAUUUGGGAGGAAUUGCGGAAGCUGGGAGCUCGAAGGAAAGCAAAGCCAGCAGGAAAGUUGACACCCUCGAUGAAGAACUUGUGAAGCUGUUGGCUCGAGGCGCCCAUGUUGAAUUGAGUCCUAUUGCUGCGAUAACUGGGGGAAUCGCUGCCCAGGAAGUCAUGAAGGCUAUCUCAGGAGUCUUCACGCCACUGAGUCAGUGGCUGUAUUUCGAUGCGUUGGAAUGCCUACCGUCAGUCGCGCCACCUCCAGAGGAGACGAUAGCAAGUGGUUCUCGUUACGACCUGCAGACAGCACUAUUUGGCAGAAAGUUUCAAGAGCUGCUUGGUAGUCUUCAGUGGUUGGUGGUAGGUGCAGGUGGUCUCGGUUCAGAGGUGUUGAAAAAUUUGGUGAUGAUGGGUGUUGGCUGUAAUCCUGAUGGUAAUAUUACGGUUACAGACAUGGACCGAGUAUCGAGGCCGAAUCUCGUUGAUCAGCUUCUAUAUCAGAUCGACGAUCUAGAUCGACCCAAGACUCCUGCAGCAGCAAGAGCCUUGAGGAACAUAAACCCUGCUGCUCAGAUCCAUGCUUUGCAAGAAAAAUUUGAUACAGAUACAGAGGGGAUUUUUGACUCUUCGUUUUUCAAGUCUGUCGCAGGAGUUUUCUCUGCUGUGGAUAGCGCGCAAGCCAGAUUGUAUAUUGACAACAGAUGUGUUACACAUCGUAAGCCUAUGAUCGAUGGAGGCAAGCAUGGCACCAAAGGAAGUGUACAGGUGUUCGUUCCAUUUCAAUCAGAAAUGUAUGCCUCUAGUAAUGAUCCACCGGAGCACAAAGACAUGCCUAUUUGCACUUUGAAGAACUUUCCCUAUUCAGCAGAGCAUACACUACAAUGGGCAGUAGAGACCUUUGAGACGUUGUUCAAGAAGCGACCCCUGGAUGUCAACGCAUAUUUGUCAAACCGUGAUUUCCAAGAUUCGAUUCGGAAGUCUCCUCCAACAUCCCGUCUCCCCAUACUAGAAACUUUGCGAGAUGCUCUUCUACGACAUAGACCUCUCAGUUUCGAAGCUUGUGUGCAAUGGGCACGGUUGCAGUUUGAAGAACUUUUCGUCAAUAUCAUUAAGCAGCUUUGUUUUACAUUUCCACCAGGCAUGACAACCACUGCCGGAGCACCUUUCUGGAGCGGGACCAAGAGAGCUCCGGCACCCCUUACGUUUGAUCCCUUAAAUCCGUUGCAUCUGGAAUUCAUUGUUGCUGCCGCCAACCUUCAAGCAACUGUCUACGGGUUGAAGGGUUGUCAGGAGCAUGCCGUCUUCCUUGAUAUCCUUCAGAAUGUGGAAGUUCCAGCCUUUGAACCCAAAGAAGGUGUAAAGAUUGCAGUUUCGGAUAGUGAGUAUCGGAAUAUGGGUAGCCAAAGGGGCAUGCGGCCCGGCUCAGAGGAUAGUGCUGCUGUGGAAGCAUGCGAAGCUUUACUUCAGGAGCUCCCCACUCCUGCCACACUUGCGGGUUAUCGGCUUACACCCAUUGACUUCCAAAAGGAUGAUGAACGGAAUUUCCACGCUGAAUUCGUUGCCACAGCAGCCAGUCUACGAGCUUGCAACUAUGGCAUCCCAGUCAGUGACAAACUACAGGCAAGAUUUGUGGGUGGAAAAAUCAUCCCGGCAAUCAUCACAUCAACUGCAAUGGUUGGAGGUCUCAUGUGUCUAGAACUGUACAAAAUACUACUUCAAAAGCCUCUGACAGACUAUAAGCAUGCGUACUUCAAUCUCGCGGUUCCUCUAUUUACAUUUGCUCAGCCCAUCAGAGCUGUACAGAAUACGGUCGCAAGGCGUCAAGAUACUCCGCUAACAUGGACGCUAUGGGACAGAUUUGAAAUGGAAUGUGUUGGUAUGACAUUAGAGGCAUUUUUGGCAGAGUUCAAGCGCCAACAAGGACUUGAGAUCACUAUGCUCUCCUUCGGAAAAAGUCUCCUGUACGCGGAGUUUCUUCCCCGCAAAAAGUUGCAGGACAGACUACCUCUCCCAUUGUUAGAACUCAUCACGGUGAUUGGGAAAGUAACUAUCCCUGCUACUGAGAGCAGAAUCAUUUUUUCAAUCUCCUGCACCGAUGCAAACGACGAUGAUGUCGAAGUACCUGAUGUUGUCGCCCGUGUUCGCUGAUCUGGUCGACUGGGCGACCUCGGUCUAGACAAUCCUCAAAUGAACAAACAGUGCAAUAAAAUUUCUUGUACAUUUAGUUCCUAAUCAAUUGACAUAAGGCUCGU